AAUGUAUAAAAAUAAUUUUGGUAUCUUACAGAGAUUAAGUGAUUUACAAAUUUUAAAAGAAAAAAUUAUUUUAACUUUGGUUAUUCUACUAAUAUCACGACUGGGUAUUUUUAUUCCAAUACCAGGAAUCGAUUAUGAGAACUUUUAUAAAAUGAGUUCUAAUAACCAAGUUAUUAAUUUUAUUAACAUUUUUGCUGGAGGAGGGUUUUCAACAAUAGGAAUUUUUGCUCUUGGUAUAGUUCCCUAUAUUAAUGCUUCAAUUAUUAUACAGUUAAUAACUCCGGCAAUACCACUUUUAGAAAAAUUACAAAAGGAAGAAGGAGAUUUUGGUAGACAGAAAAUCAAUCAAAUAACACGUUAUCUUACAUUAAUCUGGUCUAUUAUACAAAGCAUAGGAAUAACAUUCUGGUUAAAGAAAUAUUCAUUAGAAUGGAGUGUAGUAUUUAUUUUUCAAACAGUAAUAAUUUUAAGUACUGGUGCAAUGUUGAUGAUGUGGUUUAGCGAAGUAAUCACUGAAAAUGGACUAGGUAACGGCUCAUCUAUAUUAAUAGCGAUUAAUAUUAUUGCUAGCUUACAGAAAUCAUCAAAUAUUUUGAAAUUGAAUUUUGAGACAGCAAAUUAUAUACAACUAUUUAUAUUCAUAGUUUUGCUAAUUUCAGUUUUGAUUUUAAUAAUAUAUGUACAAGAAGCUACAAGACGUAUACCUAUAGUUUCAGCAAAACAAUUAUCAAGAGGUAUUAUAAACUCCUAUAAUAAUUAUUUACCUCUUAAACUUAAUCAAAGUGGAAUUAUGCCUAUAAUUUUUGCAGCUUCAUUAACUUUAAUACCUAUUUAUUUAAGCCAAAUAAUAAUUAACGAUAAUAUUAGAACUAGUAUCAUGGUAUUUAAUAAUAUAUUAUUUAAUAAUAAAAUUAUUUAUACCUUAGUUUAUUUUACUUUAAUAUUUUUUUUUAGUUAUUUUUAUACAAACGUAUUUUUUAAUACAAAUGAAAUUACUGAAAAUUUAAAAAAAAUGGCGGUAAGUAUACCAGGAAUACGUCCUGGUGCAUCGUUUUUAUCCUUUGUGGCUAUUAUACCUUCUGUUAUGGAAACAAUCACCCAAAUUUCUUUAAUUAAAGGAAUUGGAGCUACUUCAUUACUCAUUUUAAUAGGUGUAGCUAUUGAUAUAGUUAAACAAAUAAAAACUUAUUUAUUAAGUAAAAAUUAUGAACAUAUGAUAGAAUAAAAUUUGUUUUUCAUUUUAUUAAAAUUAUUAAAAGGUGAAUAAAAUAUGAAAGUUAGAUCAUCAGUAAAAAAAAUAUGUGAUAA